AUGAGACUGACGUUUGGGACUCUGCCCAUCAAGGACAACCCUUGUGCAUCUCUGUCUAGUGUCACUGUUGGUCUGUGUCUUCUCACCCUCCUCCUGAUGGCCCUCAGGGGCCGAAAGAGCCACCAUCAUUCCUCCCAUUGGGACCACACAAAAUAUCCCCCUCCUCCUGGCCCCACACCGUGGCCCCUUGUCGGCAACCUGCUCCAGAUGGGGGACCAGAUUCAUCUUUCUCUAACUCGAUUAAGGCUCCAGUAUGGUGAUGUGUUCAAGAUGCGUCUGGGCUCUUUGACUGUUGUGGUCCUGAGUGGAUACACCACCAUCAGACAGGCGCUGGUUCGACAGGGGGAAGCUUUUGCUGGGCGACCUGACCUUUUCACCUUUUCUGCUGUUGCCAACGGGACCAGCAUGACCUUCAGUGAGAAGUACGGACCGGCCUGGAUGCUCCACAAGAAGCUGUGUAAGAAUGCCCUCAGGUCUUUCUCCCAGGCUGAGCCCAGGGGAUCUGGUGCCACGUGCCUGCUGGAGGAACAUGUCUGUGCUGAGGCUGCAGAGAUGGUGGAGGUGAUCUGGGAGCAACUUGCUGCCAAAGGGGAAACGGGCCAAGAUACGACGGGUAUAGAUCCCGUGAUACCCCUGGUAACCUCUGUGGCGAAUGUUGUCUGUGCCCUCUGUUUCGGGAAAAGGUAUGACUACAAUGACAAGGAGUUUCUCACUGUUGUCCACAUCAACAACGAGGUCCUGAGGAUCUUUGCAGCAGGAAACCUGGCCGACUUUUUCCCUGUCUUUCGCUACUUUCCGAGCCCAUCUCUGAGGAAGAUGGUCCAGCACAUUCGUAGGAUGAAUGGAUUCAUGGAGCGCAGCAUUGAGGAACACAUCAAUACUUUUGAUAAGAACUGCAUCCGGGACAUUACAGAUGCUCUGAUUGCAAUUUGUGAGGACAGGGAAGAAAAUAAAGAAACGUCUGUGCUCUCCAACUCUCAGAUCAUUCAUACUGUUAUAGACAUCUUUGGAGCAGGAUUUGACACCAUCAUUGCUGGUUUACAGUGGAGCCUGUUGUACCUCAUUAAGUUUCCUGACAUCCAGGACAGAAUACACCAGGAGAUAGAUGACCAUAUUGGCACAGCCAGACUGCCCAGGUUUUCAGACAAACCCAAGAUGCCUUUCACGGAGGCAUUCUUAUAUGAAGUGUUUCGUCAUGCCUCCUACGUCCCCUUUACCAUACCUCACUGCACCACAAGAAAUAUCACCCUGAAUGGAUACUUCAUUCCUAAAGACACAUGUGUCUUCAUUAACCAGUAUCAAGUCAAUCAUGAUAGUGAUCUUUGGGGUGACCCAGACACAUUUCGUCCUGAACGCUUCCUGGGUCCAUCAGGACUCCUCAAUAAGGAGCUGACAGAGAAGGUCCUCAUCUUUGGCAUGGGGAAGAGACGUUGUCUUGGCGAUGGAUUUGCACGCUUGGAGAUGUUUGUCUUUCUCACCACACUGCUCCACGGGCUGCGGAUUGAAAAUGUUCCAGGGCAGGAGCUGGACCUCAGCACCGAUUUUGGUCUGACUAUGAAACCACGUCCUUAUAGGAUUACCAUCUCCUCAAGGUUUUAGAUCGUCAUAAAACCCAAAUGGUGCUCUUUGUGGAAUAUCACAACACAUAUACUAAUUAUUAUUUUUAUUAGCCACCAUCUUUGGCUAACCUUGAUAACACUGCAGAGAUGCAGUACCUCUCAUUAUACCUUGUUCAUAGACUGGAGUUUUUGUUUUGGCAAAUGUGGUAAAAACCAUGAACAACAAAAGGGAAAUAUACUGUAUGCAUAAAUGUGCUUCUAAUAUAAUGAAAAAUAGCUAGAAAUAAUAUUGAAUAUGAACUAACUUCAUGUUUAUAUUGAACACAACAUUUACUGAGU